AUGGGCAUGAUAAAUCCAUACGUGCAAAUCGAGCUCUCUGAAGAUAAAAUUUCAUCUAAGAAGACAACUGUUAAACACAAGAAUUUGAACCCUGAAUGGAAUGAGGAAUUCAAAUUCUCGGUCAGAGAUCCCAAGACUCAGGUUCUAGAAUUCAAUGUGUAUGGCUGGGAAAAGAUUGGGAAGCACGAUAAGAUGGGUAUGAAUGUAUUAGCUUUGAAAGAAUUGGCGCCUGAUGAACGUAAAGCAUUCACCUUGGAACUGCGUAAGACUCUGGACGGUGGUGAAGAAGGGCAGCCUGGCAAGUAUAGGGGGAAGCUGGAGGUUGAACUCUUGUAUAAGCCAUUCACGGAGGAAGAAAUGCAAGCGGUUCAGAAAGCUCCAGAAGGCACACCGGUUGCUGGAGGAAUGCUUGUGGUAAUAGUGCAUUCGGCUGAGGAUGUUGAAGGAAAGCAUCAUACCAAUCCUUAUGUGCACAUCUACUUCAAAGGGGAGGAGAGAAAAACAAAGAAUGUGAAGAAGAACAAAGACCCAAAGUGGAAUGAGGAGUUCUCCUUUAUGCUCGAGGAGCCUCCAGUCCAUGAGAAAUUGCACGUGGAAGUGUUUAGCACCUCUUCUAGGAUAGGUCUAUUGCAUCCCAAGGAAACACUAGGGUACGUGGAUAUUCCGGUGGUGGACGUGGUGAACAACAAAAGGAUGAAUCAGAAGUUUCACCUUAUUGAUUCUAAGAAUGGAAAGAUCCAAAUCGAGCUUGACUGGCAAACUGCCUUUUGA